GGCCGCAGCCGAGGAGCCGCCGCCGGCUCCGAGCGGGGUCUGCGGCCCCCCCGCCCGGCGGGACCCCCGGGAUGGCCUCGGGCAAGGCGGCGGGGGAGCGGCGGUGGGAGCUGGUGCGCUGGUACGUGCGAGAAGGCCGCUUUCGCAUUGAGGAGAGGACGCUGACGGCUUUCCAGUGGCUCUACUCGCCCCACCAGCACCGCAUCGUCAGCCGUGCAGACCUGGGCUCCCCCAGCAGGAUCGACAAGACAAUGCUGGCUAGCCUGAAGAUCAAGAAGCAGGAGCUGCUGAACAGCACGGAUGUGACCGUCCCGGAGCGGCCCCUGUCACCCCCCCUCACGGCCCCGCCGACCAUGAAGUCGGCAGAAUUCUUCGAAAUGCUGGAAAAAAUGCAGGCACCAAAACUGGAAGAACAGAAGUCUGGAAGCCAAAAACACAAGGAAGACUACAUCCCAUACCCCAGCAUCGAUGAGAUCCUAGAGAAGGGUAGCCCAUACCCGCUGAUCAUCCUGCCCCAGUUUGGGGGGUACUGGAUAGAAGACCCAGAAAACCUUGGCACGCCCACCUCAUCUGACAGCAGCAUCUGCGAAGAGGAGGAGGAAAACCUCAGCCCCAGCACCUACGGCUACAAGCUGGAGUGCAAGGGAGAGGCCAGAGCCUACCGCAAGCAUUUCCUGGGGAAGGAUCAUUUAAAUUUUUACUGUACAGCCAGCAGCCUUGGAAAUCUGAUCCUUUCUGUUAAAUGUGAGGAGACAGAUGGCACAGAAUAUUUAAGGAUUAUACUCAGGUCCAAAGUGAAGACAUUGCAUGAAAGGAUUCCAUUGGCAGGAUUCAGCAAACUCCCAAGCAUCCCCCAGAUUGCAAAGGCCUUCUGUGACGAUGCCUCCGGGCUAAAGUUUAACCCGGUUCUCUACCCCAAGGCAUCCCAGAUGAUAGUGUCUUAUGAUGAACAUGAGGUCAACAACACGUUCAAGUUUGGUGUGAUCUAUCAGAAGUUCAGGCAGACCCAAGAGGAGGAGCUGUUUGGCAAUAAUGAAGAGAGCACUGCCUUCAAGAACUUCCUAAGUUUUCUGGGAGACACCAUAACUCUCCAGGACUUCAAAGGUUUUCGAGGAGGCCUGGAUGUCAGCCAUGGGCAGACGGGAGCGGAGUCUGUGUACACGGUGUUCAGGGACAGGGAGAUAAUGUUUCAUGUCUCUACAAAGCUGCCUUUUACUGAAGGAGACACACAACAACUCCAGAGGAAGAGGCACAUUGGCAAUGACAUUGUGGCAAUUAUCUUCCAAGAGGAGAACACACCAUUUGUCCCUGACAUGAUUGCCUCCAACUUCCUGCAUGCCUACAUUGUGGUGCAGGUGGAAAACCCCGAGGCAGAUAAUACGGCGUACAAGGUAUCAGUCACAGCCCGGGAAGACGUUCCCUCCUUUGGCCCACCCCUGCCGAGCCCGCCGGUGUUCCAGAAGAGCCCUGAGUUCCGGGAGUUCCUGCUGACCAAGCUCAUCAAUGCCGAGAACGCCUGCUGCAAGUCCGACAAGUUUGCGAAGCUGGAGGACCGGACACGGGCAGCCUUGUUGGACAACCUUCAUGAUGAGCUCCAUGGGCACACACAGACCAUGCUGGGGCUGGGGCCCGAGGAGGACAAGCUGGAGAAUGGGGGUCAUGGAGGCUUUCUGGAGUCUUUCAAGAGAGCCAUCCGGGUGCGCAGCCACUCCAUGGAGACGAUGGUGGGCAGCCAGAAGAAGCACCACGGCAGUGGCAUCCCAGGCAGCCUCAGUGGGGGCAUUGCACACAACAGUGGCGAGGUGACCAAGACCACCUUCUCGCCCCCUGUCCCAGCUGCUGCUGCCAAGAACCAGUCCAGGAGCCCCAUCAAGCGCCGGUCAGGGCUGUUCCCUCGCCUGCACACGACAUCGGAGAGCCAGGCCGAGAGCAGGACAAGGUGCGACAGUGUUUCUGGAGCCCAGAAGACACCAGAUUUGGGACAUUCUUCCCAAGAGAUGAAAUCUGAAACCUCAUCCAACCCCAGCUCCCCUGAAAUAUGCCCCAACAAAGACAGGCCUUUUAUCAAGCUGAAAGAGAACGGGCGGUCGAACAUCUCCCGUUCCUCCUCCAGCACCAGCAGCUUCAGCAGCACAGCGGGGGAGAGCGAGACCCUGGAGGAGUACGACAGCGUGGGAAGCCAGCCCUCCACCGCGUCGCCGUUCAAGCAGGACGUGUUUGUCUACAGUGCUUCGCCCGGCAGUGAGAGCCCCAGCGUGGGGGCCACGGCCACCCCUGUCAUCAUGAGCAGGAGCCCCACAGCAGAUCUAAAGAACAGAAACUCUCCAAGGUCCAACCUGAAGUUUCGCUUCGACAAGCUCAGCCAUGGCAGCUCCAGCAUGAGCCACUAGCAGGAGGAAGUCAUGAACUUGUCACAGAGAAUUCUUGUUUUGACAAAGGGAAAAAUCUUCAACACCCCAUGGGACCACGCACGCCCCAGCCGUGGGCAGCGAGGUGCCCUCACCUGCCGGCUGCCCGCUACACCGGAAAAGAGCUCUCACCUUGCUACAGUCCUGUCCUGACAGGGACCAGCCACCUUCUCACCUGGUGUCCCCCUGUCCAGCACACACCCUGCGCCCCUGCUCUGUGUGCAGGGGGGGACGUGUCUCUGACUGUGCUGCACACACCAGGGUCAUGUCCCCUUGUGGUGCUGUGCUGGGUCACCCUGUGGUUGCCCACACGUGCUGCAGCUGGUGGGCACCGUACAUUCCCCCCAUCCCUGGGUUGCCUGCCAGCUCUGUUUGGGCAGAGGGGCAGCAGGAGAGACCCCUGCACAGUUUAGGUCCCUCCAUGCUUUAUUUGCAGUUAUCAGUGGGGAAACAGGGGUUUAUGUUUGUUUUCUGAAGGGUGGGGGGUCAGGCCAAAGUUAGGUGUUAGUGGCUCUGGGGCAGUUUGCCCUCCACCUUCGUUUGCUGUUGCUCUUCUCUGGGGGCAGUGGGGCAAAACCUCCCCGGGGGGGUCCUGGGCAGCUCUCCCUGGAGUGGGGUCUGCAGUGUCUCUCCAGCCAUCCCCCAGCUCCUACCCACACCCCAAAACUCUUGGGGCAGAGGCAGCCCCUUACUCCAAACUUGUUCAGUUUCUUGCACAAGAGGCAGGUCAGUGACUUGGCCCAGGGGGUGGAGCUGGGGACCGCAGCCAGCUCAUCCUCCCUUGGCAGCUUCCCUGCUUUGUCCCUGCCUGACACUGAGCACAGGCCUGGGAAAGGCGACCCAAAGCUAAAGCUGUGGUGUAUCACAGCUUUAGUUUUUCUGAGUACUAGGACUGGAACUAGAGGGGAUUUACCCGGUGGGCUCUGCUUUGCCCUAUGGCUUGAAUCACCAGGCAAGCAAAUGCAUAAAACUCCAGUGAUUUGGGAGGCAUUAGGCUGCUCCAGCCCUUGCAGAGUCUGUCCUGCUGCUUUUGAGCAAGCUCUUGUUAUUCUGAAAGGAUUAUAGAUUCUGCAAGGUAACUUUUCCAUAAUGCCCUUUCCCAGAAAAUACCUCUCUCAACAUGCCAAGAAAUCCUUUUGCUCUUUUAUGGAACUUUGUGUGAAGUUCCCUGAAGCCUGUCCACAAAUUUCACAUUGCUCAUAGAUUUCCCUUACCCAUUUUCUGGAAGACAGGCUGUGAUGCUGCAGAGAUAUUCCCCCUGCCCACCCCCCCCAGCCUGUGACCUUUGGAAACCCUCAUGAAAUCAGGUUCUCAGUCUCAAGUGAACACAGUUCUUCGAGUUUGUGAUUCCUACUGAAAACAGGACUUUGAGUGCCAAAGUCACCUUCACACAGCGGGUGCUCCAAGAGGCACAAAGUACCUGACAGCCUGUUUCGGCAGGUGGGUGCAGAACUGUGCUCCUGGAGCAGCCCUGGGCAGCCGCCGUGGCUGUGGCUGCUCCUGCUCCCCUCUCUCUGGGGCAAGUGCUUAUAGGAUUCAACCAUCACCUCCCUUUCUCCCUGUCAUCUCCCCAGGCCAGAGACGAGCCAAGCCAAGCAGAACUUGCUCUGCUCACCUUGGUCCUGCAGGGAGGUGCUCUCCGAGAGCCUUACAAUCUGGUUCACAUAGGUGCUCCGCUCGUGCUGUAAUUAAUCCAUGUGGAAAGGCUGUAGCUCUGAUGGGAGGGGAACCAGGUUAAAUAAGGAGAACACAUUGUGAAAAGGCAGGGAACGGUUUCACUGGCCCUAAGUGCUGUGUAGGACUAGUAAAUACCAAUAACUCCCAUGGGGACAAUCCCUCCUGCUCCCAGCCAGUUGCAUUUCAAUAGAGUUUAAGCCUUGAGUUUCCUUUGGAAGAGGAGCCUGCAGUGUGCUCAGCCCAGCCUGUAGCUGUAGGUGUCUCAGGAUCACACAGUUUGCUGUUCAGCACUUGUCUGAUGAUGCUUCAGUAGCACUUUCAAACCCACCCCCAAUCCUCCUCUUAGAAGCUUUGGUCUGAUUUCCUGAGGCUGCACGGUGAAACGCUGACUGGUGCAAUGACUUGCUCCCAGGGUCUGCUCUGGGUUUGCUUUUUCCUCUGAGAAGUCACUCGGUUCUGUAGAUGUUGUCAUUCCCGUGGGUGUUGAUCUCCGUGAGAUCUUUCAGCAGACGAUGCAGUGGCUACUGUCAGCUGGUUUGCCAUUUUUGGUUGUUUUGUUGCUUUUUUUUUCACUUGAAACUGUGACUUUCCUUUUUUGACCUAGAUUGAUUUGGGAAUUAUUCAAAUGGGACUAACAGAGCAGUGUGAAGCCUCAGGGAGAGUUGCAGUGCGCUGGACUUGUCUCUCCUGCGCCAGCCCGCUGGAGCGGCUGUGGGGCCGGGACCCCCUCGGGUCUGGCACGAGGUUUGGCUUCUGGGGGACAAAUCCAGCAGCACUCACUCCUCACCAAAGGCCUAAAACCUGCUGUACAUCCUUACCAGCAGCUGCGGUUUGGGUGCCCCGGUCCCGGCCGGGCUCCAGCGCCGCCCCUGCUGCCCCGCAGCUGCCGGUGCUGGCCCGCGCCUCCCAUCCCGCAGGGUCCCGAUUGUCCCGUGCCGGUUCUGGGACUGAGCAGUGCUUGUGGUACAGCCCGGGCACUUCUGCACUUCCAGCAGUGGGUGAAGGUGUUCCUGUAUAUAUUUUGCAAAGUGUUUUGUGCUUAUAAGUGACACUUACACAUUUAUACAUACAUAAAAGGGAGAUAUAUAUGGAUAUAUAUAUAUAUAUAACAUAUAUAUAUUUAUAUAUAUAAAAGAAAGGAUCCUUAACUGACACUAGAAUUAUUGGGCAGUGCAUUUUCCUUUCUGAUUCCGCUGUUCCCAUACACACAACUUCUGCCAUACUCAGAAGUGACAUUGCAGAGGGAGCAGAAGGGGCUCAGAAACGCCUUGGGGAGAUGAUGGGGAAGCCCCCGCUGUGUGGGAAGGUCUCUCUUGCAAGGGGCUGCUCCCCUUCCUGCCAGGGUUUCGGUCCCCCACUUGUUCCUGCUGCACCCCAGCUGCCCCUUGGCUCAGACCAGCCCAUGGGCUUGGUGAGAGGCAGUGGCAGGUCGGGUGCAGGUCCACAUCUCCAGCACUGGUGCCGCUGGCUCUGAGUCGUCGUGCAGAGCGGACUGGGACCCUUUCCCCUCCACCAGCAUCCCCUCCACCAGCAUCCCCUCCAUCAGGGGCUGGUGUGCAGCUGCCAAGGGCUGGCAGUGAGCUGCUGCUCUGGCUGGGCUUCCAUUCAGGAAAGCACUUGGCACGUACUUGCAUCUUCUUGAAACCCCACAGAGCCAAGCACAGGGUGGUUACACCUAAGCACAACACAGAAGUGCUUUUUUCUGAGGGAAGCAGGGGAUCCUAAGCACAAGCUCAGUUUCUUUCCAGCGUUUUGAGGGUCUUCAGGAAUGGCAGGUCAGGGGCCAAGAGAUGUUGCUGCCACAAAUGGGCUGUGCCUGGGGCUGGGAUCUCUUGGCUGCGGGAGGUGCUCAGUGCCGGCACCACUCCCAAAGCCAGGGCAGAGCCCGGCCCCUCUGCAGGUCCCACCUGCGCUCUCGCUGCUCCGCUGACGCUCCAGCCCCUGCCCCCAGCCCCCAGCAUGCUUUCAUCGUGUUCAAUGAAUGUAGCACUGCGUAUGUCCUGCAAAGGGAAAUGCUGGAUUUAUAUCAGAGAAUGUGAAGAGAGUUUAUAGAGUGAAAAUAAAUCUUGAAGAAAUGUAUCUGACAAAGUUUAUUUUUGAUGUAGAGAGGCGGUGCUUUGUAGUUUCUGGUGACCUAUGUCUGUUGUAAAUAAUGUAUAUUUAAUUUAUUGCUAUGGUAGCAGAUUGUUAUGUAUAAAACUAAAGGUUCACAAAUGUAUAUUUUGUUGCUUAAAUGUGUCUUUGCAAAAUUCACAAUAAAUAACAUAUUUUGUGUCCAUA